AUGAGUCUUCUACUUGGUUUUCCACUUGAUGAUUUUGCAAGCACAUUAGAACGUGAAGCAUGUGAAGCUCGAUCAUUAUUAAAUCGUUUAGCUGAUAUGCUUGCACAAGAAGCAAUAAAAGAUUUACAACGAAAUGGUUUACAAGAACAAAAUGUUUCACAAGAUAAUGAUGAUAAACAAUCAAAUCUUGUUAAAUCACAAAAUUUAUUAAAACAAUUUGGUCUUACUUCAGAUACUCGUCCAGUAUUUGUUCAAGUACAAGAACGUCAUUCAACUUCACCUAUAUGUUUUAAUCUUUCAAGUAGUUUAUAUUCUUCGCCUAUUGAUAUUGUUGCAAAUGUGAUCUUAUCGAAAUUAUCUGCUAGUAAUCCAACAAUGGCAAAUGAAGAAAGGAUGAAAAUUGUUAAAGAAUAUAAAACUCGUUAUUGGUUACAAGCAUUUGGAUGUGAAGAAAGACUUUUUGGUACUAAGCCAUUAAUACAAUCACGUUUAUUUCAUAUUGAUUUUGGACAUAUAUUGGGUAAUUUUAAAAUGAAAUAUGGUAUACGUCGUGAACGUACACAAUUAGUACUUAUUGAUGAUUUCGUUCGAGUUAUUACUAAUAAUAAUAAUACAGAUAAAAAUCCAAUUGAAACACGUGAAUUUAAAAAUUUUAAAAAAUUAUGUAUCAAAGGUUAUCGAAUACUUCGUCGUCAAUAUCGUCAAAUUGUUUGUUUAUUUAAAUUAAUGAUGAAUUGUGAUUUAACUGAACUUAAUAGUGAAGCUGAUAUGGCUUAUAUUCGACAAACAUUUGCUAUUGAUAUUGGAGCUAAUGAACAAGAAGCAUGUGAUCGAUUUGAACAAGUUUUACUUGAAUCAUAUCGAUCAAGUGUAAAAACACGUGUUGAUUGGGUUUUUCAUGCAAUUAAUCAUAUCAAAUCAUAA